UUCCUUCUCUCCUUCACCCAGUGCCUCUCUCUCUCUUUCUUCUCUCUCAUUCUUCUUUCCCUAUUUGACUUCUGCUGCUUUCUUCUUCUCCUCCGCCCUUUCCUUCCUCUUUUCGCUAAUACCUGUUCCAUCUAAUCUAAAGUUUGCAUCUUCCGCUCAAAGGUUGCAUCUUUCGCUCUCCGCACCACCAAAGUUUGCAUCUCUAUGUAAAAGUUUGCAACUUUGUAUCUCCCUGGCGCGUACUCCCUGUGCUGGGGACGGACUCAAGCUAUCUCCUGCUUCGACUGUUGCGCGAGCUUUUUAUCCAACAGCGAAAUCGAUUAUUUGGCUUUCUUGCGCUUGAAGGUCGAAUCUUGGAGGUUGGGCGAGGGUUUGAGUUCUCUCCGGUUGUUUUGCAUCUGUGGGAGAUUGCUUUGGAACCAUGAUUGCGGAGGAGACGAAGGGGAUCAGGGAUCAGUUUCCUGUGGGCAUGCGCGUCCUUGCAGUAGAUGACGACCCCAUCUGCCUCAAGUUGUUGGAGGUCCUGCUAGUCCGCUGCCAGUAUAAGGUUACGACGACUGAUAAAGCAAUUAUGGCACUGAACAUGCUGAGAGAGAACAGAAACACAUUUGAUCUGGUUAUCAGUGACGUGCAUAUGCCGGAUAUGGAUGGAUUCAAGCUAUUAGAGCAUGUGGGCCUCGAGAUGGACUUGCCAGUUAUCAUGUUAUCUGCAAAUGGUGAAACCCAAACUGUCAUGAAAGGAAUCAGUCAUGGCGCCUGUGACUAUCUGCUAAAGCCGGUGCGGAUUGAGGAGCUGAGGAACAUAUGGCAACAUGUCAUCAGGAGAAGGAAGUUUGAAAAAAGAUACAGUAAUGAUCCUGAGAAUGGGGAUGAUGACUUGAGGACUCUUGGAAACUCAGAAGAUGGUCAUGGGGCAGAUGAUCUCAAUGGAAAAAUCACCAAGAAGCGGAAGGAUCAGAGCGAAACAGAUGAAAAUGAUAGUGAAGACAACACAGAGAAUGACGAUCCAUCUAACCAGAAAAAGCCUAGAGUUGUCUGGACGAUUGAGUUGCACAGGAAAUUCGUUGCUGCUGUUAAUCAACUGGGUAUUGACAAGGCUGUUCCAAAGAAAAUACUUGACCUUAUGAAUGUUGAGAAGUUAACAAGGGAGAAUGUUGCAAGCCACCUACAGAAGUAUAGGUUAUAUUUGAAGAGGCUUAGUGCAGUGGCUGGCCAACAAGCUUGCAUGGUUGCAGCUGUAGGAAGUAGAAGCUCAUCAUACCUAAAUAUGGCUUCUCUGAAUGGUUUCAGAAAUUACUAUGCAAUUGGGGGAUCAAGCCAACUGCCGACCAUAGGAUCUCUUCAACCGACCGGAGUUCUUGGUAGAAUGAACAGUUCAUCAACUCUAGGAAUGCAGGGGCUGUUGCCUUCCCGCACAGUUCAGCUUGGUGGAAUGCACAAAAGCACAAACAAUUCUUGUAGUACUGAAUUAGGAAAUAUUCAAGGGAUCACAUCACCAGGCAACCAUCAAUUGAGUUUGCUCCAUGGGGUGCCUAUGAGUUUGGAGGUUGAACAAUUUCCGCAACUUAAAUUGGAGCAAGAACGGAGAAACCAAUUGCCCGCUGGCUUUUCUGGUGUUGGACUUUUGGUUGGUCCUAAAAGCAAUUCUUUUCCUAGUAGCACUUCGAAUUCUCUUUUAGUUCAGGCGAAUAAGCAGCACAAUCAAUCAGGAGGAAUACACAAUUAUCCAUUGGCCAGAAUGCCUUCCUCAAGUUCAGAGAUUUUUGAUUUUGACCUUCAAGAUGUUUCUCUGUUUACUUCUAAUAGUAGAUCUCGUGAUGGCUCAUGGCAGGGUGCUGCUGCAUCAAUUGAUCAGCCUAUUAAUGCAUUGCCAAUACUUGCCCCUUUCAGGAAUAAUGUCUUCUCUUCUGGGAGCAUUGGAGCAAAUGUUUCUUCGAUAGCAUCUCAUCCAGUGACCAAAACUUUUGAUGAAUGUUCAAACACAAUGGCUGCUCCUCUGCAUAAUGCGAUCACAAACAAUAAUAUCAACAACCAUGUUCCAUCGCUCAACGAGAGCACAAUUGCUAUGCCUCCAGUGCACAAUGAUUCCAGAUUGUCCAAUUUUAGCUUGGACAACUCUACACCAAGAUGGGAUUAUUGUUUUAAUCCUAAUGCAAUCUCAAGUACUUACUCAAGUUCUUUGUAUCCCAAACAUCAGAACAACAAUGAAACUGCUCAGUUUCACACAUCGGACAUUGCAAUUGAUGAUAAAAAGUUGGCUGUCAAUGCAGAAGACCAAGUGAACUUUGGGGCAUCACUCAUCAGACAAGAUUGCAUGAUCGACAGGUCAACUGUUAAUAGUCAGCUUAAUUUCAAACGUGAACAUGAAUUGGAGACCUCAAGUUUGCAUGGUGGCCUAAACUCAAACGGUUCCUGUCUGGCUGAUGUUGUGAAUUCCAUGAUCAAAUCAGAUGAUGAUACGUUUGGGGAUAUCGACAUGGGAUGCGAUCUCUACAUAAUCGGUGCUUGCAUGUGAUCUCAUUGGAUUUGAGCAAUUAUGGGUUGAUGAGAUGGUUUAUGUUGGUUGUAGUUUGUCUUUGGUUUCUUAAAGAAUCUAAUAUUAUGAAUGAGAAUGUAGCUGAAUUAUUGCUUUUAUGGAAGGGUCCUGGAAACAUCUAGCUGA